UGUCGAGCGAAAAGUCGUCACCACGAGUUCACGACGACACUCUGUGCGACUAGGACUCCCUGAACGACAAUUCCUCCGCUUCUUCACUUUCCAAUUCGAAUGGAGGACAUACAGCGGCUGUCCCGGAUGAGAAUCCGUCAACAUCCUCGCACACCCUCCUCAUUGGGCCUUCUCGUUCUCUGCGGCGUUCUGUUCGCCCCACCUGCGUUGUGCGACUGCUACUAUUCAAAUGGGACGACAAACCGAGACCCCAUUUAUCAGGAAUGCCCUGAUACGCCGACAUGUUGUGUGCUGAACCGCAAUAAUCUGGAUGGUACCAACGACAUCUGUCUACCGAAUGGCGUAUGCCAAAAUGCCCUCUUUCCAGGCGGUGGUGAGGGGCCGUCAUACUGGAGGGACUCUUGCAUUUUCAAGAAUUGGGAGGAUGGGAAUUGUUUGAACAUUUGCACGGACGAUGAUGCCGCAAAGAAGUUCGGAAAUUUCAUGCUGACACCAUGCGACGGGACGAGCACGUCCGAGUGGUGGUGCUGUGGUAGCAGUGUUGACUGUUGUGGGAGCGAUAACCCGAAUAGGCAUCGCAUAUUCCCUACGUUAACGAUCCCUUCGGCUUCCGCACCCUCCUUCCCGACGUCUCCCACAUCUGAAACCGGACUAGUCGCCCUCACCACCAGCUCUUUGGUCCACUCUGCGUCACCCGCAUCUGAUGGAUCUAUUCCAACGCAUAAUGAGGGGCUCUCAACAGGAGUUAAGGCUGGAAUUGGCGCCGGAGCCUGUCUCGGUGGUCUAGCUAUCUUUGCUUUCGGCUUCUAUAUUGCGCGGUGGCUGCAGCGGAGGAAGAGAGCGAUUGCAGAUCCAAAAGAGUUAUAUGUGCCGGGGUAUGUGGGACCUUCUGGCCUCCUAAUUCAGGCUGCGCCUCCUACCAUGGCGCCCGAGCCUGUCCCCGUUGAGACCGGCGAUGCACCCAAACAUGAGAUGCCAUAGCCGAUAUACGCCAGUCACUUUAACUACGGCUUCUCUAAUGUAAAAUAUUUCGCGGCCAAUCCUGGUACAGAGAGCCUCCAGCGACAUCUACA